AUGUCUGCCAAGGGAAACUACGAAUUGCUCUGCCUCGAGAAUCCUCUCCUGGACAUCCAGGGUGUCGGUGAUGAGAAGCUUCUUGAGAAGUACGGUCUCAAAGCCAACGACGCCAUCCUCGCCGACCCUGAGAAGCACAUGGGUCUCUACGAGGACCUGAUCCAGAACUACAAGGCCGUCCUCAUCGCCGGUGGCGCUGCGCAGAACACCGCCCGUGGUGCCCAGUACAUCCUGCCCUCCGAGUCCGUUCUCUACAUUGGCUGCGUCGGCAAGGACAAGUAUGGCGAGACCCUCGAGAACAUCUGCAAGGAGGCUGGUGUCAAGACCGAGUACCUCUACGACGAGAAGACCCCCACUGGUCGCUGUGGUGUCGUCAUCACUGGCCACAACCGCUCGCUCUGCACAGAUCUUGCUGCGGCCAACAACUACAAGCUUGAACACUUGAAGCAAGACCACAUCUGGAAGCAGGUCGAAAACGCUAAGGUCUACUACGUUGGUGGCUUCCACUUGACUGUCUGCGUGCCUGCCAUCAAGGCCCUGGCUGAGGAGGCUGCUUCCAAGGACAAGCCCUUCAUCCUCAACUUGUCGGCUCCCUUCAUUGCACAGUUCUUCAAGGACCCUCUCGACGAGGUCCUUCCUUACGUCGACAUCCUCAUCGGUAACGAGACCGAGGCCGCUGCCUUCGCUGAGUCGCACAACAUCGAUACCAAGGACGUCAAGAAGAUCGCCGAGGCCAUUGCCAACGGCCCCAAGAAAAACACACAGAGGCCCAGGACUGUCGUUUUCACACAGGGCACCGACCCCACAAUCGCUGUCACCGCACAGGAGGGCGGCAAGGCCGACGUCAAGGAGGUCCCUGUCCAUGCCAUCGGCGAGGAGAAGAUCAACGACACCAACGGUGCUGGUGACGCUUUCGCCGGUGGUUUCGUCGCCGGUAUCGUCCAGGGCAAGCCCCUCGAGAAGGCCAUCGACAUGGGCCAGUGGCUCGCGAAGCUCUCGAUCCAGGAGCUCGGUCCCUCGUUCCCCCAGCCCAAGCAGACAUACUCCAGCUAA